CAUUCACUCACCUGGACGAGAUUCACUCGCCAAAACACCUCGGCCGCCUCUAUCUUCUUUUGCUUUCCCUUUUCCCACUACUUACCCCUUGAUAACCGCGUUCCCUUGAACGCCGAGUGGUGAAGGAUUUGUCUGGUCAGCAGGCCAGAUGUGAUGUGCGACUCAGAGAAAAGUACUGCAGCAAGGCACCGAACAAAGCGGACACGUGACCCGAAGCUAGCUCAAGCUAAGGCCGCGUGAAUACAGCGACCUAAAGAGAGAGAGAGAGAACGCAUGAAUGUUGCGAGAUGCAGACACGAACCCCGAGAUUCAUGGGAUGCGAGGUGGACAGAAGUAAACUAACCUUCAAAAUAAAUAAUGUAACAGUAUCUGUUUUAGCAAAGUAUCGCGAGCACAGAGAAGAGUGAAAACAUGUGCUCACGAUAAAACCAAGAAACGGACAGAUCUUUCCGAUUGCGUUACUACAUCAAACCUCUUUCCCGAUUGUUAGUACCCGCGGGUAAAGCAUUCAAAGGGCAGGAGGGGGAAGAUGAUGCAUGCGUUAACACUUGGACUUAGGGACGCGUAUUAGCGUUUGCGUUUCCUGGUUGCCGAGCGCGUUGUUUAACCGUACCCGGCCACGGGGCGUACUCAUGCGAAAGUGUUAGCGUGCACCUCACGCGUGCUUCGCGCCCGGAAGCACGUGGUUGCAGCGCGUCCUGGGUGUGCCCGCACAUGUGUGUGUGUGUGUUUGUGUCCAUCCGCGAGUUCUCUCCACGGUUCUCUCUCUACAGCCCCAACCAGCCGGGCAGUGGAGAUGCUUUUUUACGGUCCAGACAUAAAUGCACCGCCUCUGGGGUAAGUGUGUGACUUCCUGCUCUCGUACAUUCGAGUGACACGUACAGUUCGCUUGUGGCGGACUGGGGCUUUCUCUCUCUCUCUCGGUUCUCUCCGACGACAUCGGUUGCAUCCACGUGGCCCCAGCGCUGGUUCGCCUGAAGCGCGAGUGUGAAAACGUGUUGCAACGCGACCUACAGCACGUUGUGCGCCGGAUGGUGGGUUCUCGUUCGUACGCCGCCGCGGCUGUUGUGCCCUUUGGCGACGUGCGGGCCAUGCCAUGUGGGUCGUGCCGUCAGUUGUGCGUUGCCAGCUAAAAGGUGUACCGCUUACGGGGAUGGAGGGUGGUUAGAUGUUAGCACUUUCCUUCCGCGCGGUGCUGAUUAAGCGGGAUGUGAGAUACCGUUCCGAGGGCUGCUGGGGGUGGGUGGUGGAAUUUUCAACCAUUAGUGCAGGAGUUACUGUCGGGUUGAACGGCCGAGAACGAGAUCAAUCGAGUCGGGUAUUGUAGGAGUGUAGGACAAUGAAGCUUUCAAGUGAUGAUUUGAACGCGUUCGCGUUUCAAUAAUUCCCUUCAAAAUGCUUCAUUUGUUACAUUAAAGCUUUUAACCCGUUUCAGGGGCGAGACACGAUGGUCUAGGGUACUUCACAUUGUGCACACACACACGUAGAGGUGUAGGGGAAUAUGCUGAUGGCAACAGAGCGCCGCCGGUGUGACUAAAAAAACCCCGUAUGCCCUACGUACCCCUUUCCGUCGGGCGGAAACCGUUGGUGUAAAACCUCUGCUACAGCACACACUCCAGUGGCCCAGAACGUGAUCUUCGCCGUCAGUAGCGCGAGGGUGUGAAGUGUCACUCCGCUUGGCAAGCCCUGGCCGCUGUCGCCUCCUCUGUCAACGGUGUGGCAUUUAUUACGACCGGACGCGACCGGUCGACGAUACGCUUCAGCACGCGGCCGAGUCCCGAGACGUGUGUGUGCGCGCGCGCGCAAGAGGUGUGUGGUAUUUAUUUAAAUCGCGUACUGAACAACGUUUUUUUGCUGUUGUUGUUGCUGCUGCUUUAUGGAACCACGACGGUUGUUUCGAAUGCUCAAUGCAGAACAGUUUCUAUACCGUUUGAAACUGAGCGAACGAUUGUGCAUGCAUUUGAGUGUGUUUUUGCUUGCUUUUUGUGCGUCGUGUACGUAUUACUACUAGUGAAGGGAGAGAGAGAGAGGGUUGUUGCUCACGCCGUCAAACCUACGGCUCAAGUGUGCCAGAUGGGGGGGAAAACAAAGGUGGAAGACGUUUACCACUGAGGCGUUACGGCAACGUGCAAAUCGUGUCAGGUUAUAUGGAGUGUUUGCUUGCUACAUUGUUCACAGCCCCAAACACAAACAUGGCCAGUUGCCAUGUACUGGUUAUUGAACUCGGUAAAAUUCAAAAGCAAUCAUCCUACAAAUCAUCCACCGGCCGGUGCCGAACGCCCUACGAUAGGUCGAGCAGCUAUCGGGCCGGUUCGGCGGUGGUUUGUCGCAUCACGGAACCGCCGAUGGACGAUACGACCAACUCGUCCACCUUUUCCUCGCUGGAGUACGGUUGCAGUAGUGGCGGCGGUGGCAGCAGCAGCAGCAGCAGCAGCACGACCAGCAGCAACCACAGCACAGGGAUCGGCUGUGACACCAGCCCCGAAUGCAGCGACCAGCUGGACAGCAUCGACACGACGGAGGACGGCAGCACGUCCGGGCCACGGUUGCGCAGCCGCCGGUCGAUGAGCGUUUCGUCGAGCGGAUGUUCCAGCUCGAUGAACGAUCGCAACUUUGACUUUUCACCCCUGGGAAGCAUCAUCAGCUGUCGGUGCAACUCGUACAGCAUGUCCGACUUCGAUGAUGAUGGUUUCCGCGAGGACAGUAGCGUAUCGUCGGCGCACGGUGGCGGUGCCCUUUCCGGCUCCCGAUCGUACCAGUCGCAUCAUCCGCUGCAUCACCACCACCAGAACGUACCGCACCAUCCGCGCAAUCAUAAGGGGCUGUUUGAUAUCGCGCUGAAAACGGUCAAGCUGAUCCGGCGCAACCAGGAGCUGCAGGUGCGGCUGGCCCAGCUGCAGGAGGAAACGAGCGCGUUCAUCGACUCGGUCAUGGCGAACCCGGAGAACGAAUCGCUGCGGUCCCAUUUCUACAGCAGCAAACGCAUCCCGACGCUACCGCUGACGGUGCAGAAGUGAACGGGAUACCGGGGAAGGUCCGGUGCACUUUGCGAGGGGGCUCGUCGUUCGCUUCGAACCACAAAAACGCCACAAACAGGACGAAACGGUCCCAGUCUCAGUCGAUUAUGCACAGUGUGGAAGCGGUACCGGCGGUCGGUUGAUUCCAGCUGCUGCUAGCUUAAGUUACGUUAACGUUAAGAAGUUCUCAUCCCGCAUCAUCUUCAUAGUGGAAAUCUCUUCCCGAGCGCCACAGGAGGGAAAAGAUCGAUUAUUUGUUUUUUUUUUUUUUAAUUUAUUGCCAAACUGGUUGGGUACUAUACGUGAGACCCAUCGUUUCGCUUUUCAUUUCAUCCUUGAUUAGUUGUCGUACAUAUAUGUUGGACCAUAGGCUGCGUUACUAAUACGUGCGAAACGUCUGCAAAUCUAAACAUUAGACUGUGUGUACUCUGACCCGUAAUACCGACACAAACGGAAGCGGAAAGACGGAGAACAGUGGGUCAAUCAAUAUAACAGUGCUAAGCCACUAUUUCAAUAAGCAAUCAGUUAAUCGUGAGAUAUAAGCAUAGUAAGUAGGAAAGCUUUUGCUGCAUUCGUGUAUGUGUGUCAACCGGGGACGGAUGUCCCCAGUGUUAGGCUUCGGUUUGCCACGUUCUGUAUGUGCUCGGUUAGUGUAGUUACUCGAUGGAAUCGAUAGACAGUGAUAAGAUACGUAAGAGAGAACGUAUAUUCUCAGUGAACGGGGGAAAAGGGAGAAAAACAGCAACAAUCAAGUAUAAGGACACACACACACACAUACACAUACGCCAAAUUGAAGAAGUACGCAUUGUUUCGUUAUCGACAUUUAAUUAUUGUGAUUAUCAUUUUUUCCAUCAAAGAGGAGUAGUAAUGAGCGGCAUCUUUGACUUUUUGUUUGCUGAUCUAGGCGUAGCAGUUGUUAGAAUUCGCGCACAGUAUCUCAAAGCUGCCAACUGUAAGAUUCUUUUGCGUUUAUCAAUUGGAAUCGAAAUCCAGUUAACUUAUUACUUAUUGCCUAACAAGGUGAUGUUGUGAUCCUUUUUGACACACCGAUGAAACGUACUGAGGGUACGCUAAACAGUAAAUGCUGAAAACAUUCUUAUUCGCUCUCCGAGGAUGAUGGGACGAGUUUGUAGAUUUUAGGUUCGAGUUUAUGUUUGAGCUUAUUAUAUGUGUGUGUGUGUGAGCGUUAUUGGCCAGAACAAUCUCAAUCAUAUUUAUAAAUGCUAAUAAGUAAGAGAUGUGUAGCGUUUAGCAGCAGAUGAUCACAAAACGAUGGUAAUCCAUUCAUUACGCGCAUGGUUGGAUGAAAUUCAGCCUCACAUUCGCACGCGAGCGAAUCAGAAGCAAGCGAAAAAGGGCGAGAUGGAAGAAAAACUCCAAGUGGUAUUUAUAUUUAACUAACGAAGGCUAAGCAAAGAAAAGCGAAAAUAGAUGAAAAACUGUUUUUUUUCAUUAUUCACCUAA